UUUCAUUAAAUUAUACCAAGAAGACCGUAAUGAAGGUCCUGCUACUAUUUCUGCUCUUAAGAGCUGCCUGUUCUGCAGCAGAUCCCUAUAGACAGGAGCACAAGGAUGCAAGUUUGUUCACCAUACGCCAUGAACAACAAAACAAAUGCCUCCAGUAUGACAAUAAUCGAAUCACAAUGGCCAGCUGUUCUGCAGAAAAUAAGGCCUCGUUAUGGAAGUGGGUCUCCAACCAUCGACUCUUCCACUUGCGCUCCCAGAUGUGCCUUGGAAUUGACCUCACAAGUCCACAGGAUCCUUUAAAAAUGGUUCCAUGCAACUCACACUUAAUGCUGUGGUGGAGAUGCCAUGAUGGGUCUAUAUAUGGGGCGUCAGAAUACAGACUGACAGAAAAGGGUGGAACGGUGACUGCAAGCUUCUUGUCCAGUGAUUUGUGGAGAAGAGAUAACACUUUAGAAAAUGUGUGUCAUCAGUUAUAUUACGCAACAUAUACUAACAAAGGAAACUCUGCUGGAAAACCCUGUGAAUUUCCCUUUCUCAGAAAUGGAACCUGGCACCAUGACUGUAUCAAGGAGGUGAAUGGCACCCAAGAAUGGUGUGCCACCACCAGCAAUUACGAUACAGAUGGAAAAUGGGGAUAUUGCUUGAAACCAGUAAGUGGCUGUCGGGAAAGCUGGGUACAGAAUGUAAAGCUUCAGAGCUGCUACCAGUACAAUAUGGAUUCCAUCCUGACAUGGAAGGAAGCCUACACUUCCUGCAAGAGCCAAGGUGCUGAUUUACUAAGCAUCUCUAGCCCUGAAGAACUGCAGGCUUUAACUGAUAACAAGGAUUUUCCUGAUUUGAUGUGGACUGGACUGAACCAUCUAGAUACAUCUGGGGGUUGGCAGUGGUCUGACAAUACACCUCUGAGGUUCAUUAAUUGGGAUAAAGACAGAGCCCGCUUUUCACUUCUGGAUGACAGAAACUGCGCUAUACUGAAUACAAACACUGGCCUAAUGGAAAAUGUUCUCUGUGAAAAAGCUUUGCCAUAUAUAUGCAAGAAAGACCUGAACAGCUCAGAAUCUAAAGAUGACUGGUACUAUUCUCAUACCCAGUGUGAGUCAGGGUGGAUUCCAUAUAAUGGGUUUUGUUAUAUGUUGCAUUCACCGAGCAAGUGGAACAAUGCUGAGCCGUCUUGCAAGAAGCAAGGAGCGGAUCUUAUCAGCAUGCAUUCCUUGGCAGAUAUAGAAAUGGUGGUGACAACAUUUCAGGACGAAAGUGAAGAUAUUUGGUCAGGGCUUAAAAAUGAAGCUUUCCCAGCAUUCUUUCAAUGGUCUGAUGGGACAAAAACAGACUUUACUUACUGGGAUCACAAUGAACCAACUAAUAUCUUCAACUCCAUUACUCAUUGUGUCUCUUUCUCAGGAAAGUCCGGACGCUGGCACGUUAAAUCCUGUAAAGAAGAAUUCAAAUAUAUCUGUAAGAAAAAGGGUGAGAUUAAUGACACCAAAACUCACAAGGGAUGCCAAAAUGAUUCAAACUGGGUAAGACACGGUGAUUCCUGCUAUUUGGUUGACACAGAAGAAGUGCCAUUUGGAGCAAAAUGCAAUCUCACAGUGACCAACAAAUUUGAACAAGAAUUCCUUAAUUACCUAAUGAAAAACCAAAAGAAAUUGAAUGGGAAAUAUUUCUGGACAAGCUUAAGAGACAGAAACCAAACAGGAGACUAUUGGUGGGAAACACCAGAAGGGAAACAGGACAUGACCUACUCUAACUGGAACGUUCUUGAGCCAGCUUCACGUGGUGGAUGUGUUGCAAUGGGAACUUGGCCAUCUCUUGGUAAAUGGGAAGUCAAAGAUUGUAAAACCUUUAAAGCUCAAUCCAUCUGCAAAAGACGAAUUGGAUCUGCCAAGCCAGACAUUAGGCCAAAACCCAUGGAAACAUGUCCGGAGGGCUGGUAUUCUGCAUCUGAUUUGUUCUGCUACAAACUGUUUAAAGGAGAAAAAAUAUUAAGGAAAAGGACCUGGGAGGAGGCUGAAGGAUUUUGUGAAGAAUUUGGAGGACACCUUCCCAGCUUUACAAAUGAGAAGAGCAUGGAAACAUUUGCUGCUUUCUUAAUGUCAGCUACAAGCACACCUUCUUGGGUUUGGAUUGGACUAAAUAAAAGGAACCCAACACUGCACGAAAGCUGGCAAUGGAGUGACGAACGGCCAGUGUCUGAUGCUGUCUUGCCAUUGGGUUUUAAUGAAGAUGAUCACGAUCUUCAAGACUGUGUUGCCUUUAAGCCAUACUAUGGCAGUUGGGAGAACAGACAAGUCUAUGAAAUCAGAUCGUUCCUGUGCGAUGUCACAUUUGAGUGGGUGUGCCAGGUUCCUAAAGGAACACCAUUGAAGAUACCUGAAUGGUAUAUACCAGGGUGGAAGAGUAGCCAUCAUCCUAUUGUUGUAACUGCAGAAGCUCAGUUCUGGUUUAUAUAUGACCCUCUCCUCAAUUACAAGGAAGCCCAGUUAUAUUGUUCCAACAAUGGCAGUACAUUGGCCUCUUUGCAGUUUGAAAAUGAGCUUGAAAACAUCCAACUACAACUAAAACAUUUGUCAGAAGGGAAAAAGAUAUUCUCUUUUACACAAAACUGGUGGUUGUCAUCUAUUACUGUGGAAGAUAUUGUCUGGGAUUUGCUAUACCUUUCCAACCGACGAGGAAAGGAUUGCUGGUUUAUUUCAGCACACAGUUGGAUGAAAGGCUUCUUUGAAGACACAGACUGCAAUCAAAAACUGCCAUUUAUAUGUGAAAAUCGAAACAUAACCCUAGUGGAAAGAAAUUCUACAAGAAACAACAUACUCAAAGGAGAUUGCCCUGAAAACUGGCUGACCUUUGGAGACAAGUGCUUUAAAAAACUAAAACCAAAGUUAAUGAAUUAUGUUAAUGCAAAGGAUGAGUGUGAAAUGUAUGGUGCAACCCUUCCCACUAUCACUAGCCAGCUUGAACAAGAUUUCAUUACAACACUAUGUCCAAACAUAUCUACAGCUUUUUGGAUUGGCUUGAAGUUUAUUGUAAAUAACAGAGAAAACACGUGGACUGAUGACCAAAAGCUCAACUACACAAACUUUAAUCCAUUUCUCCACAGCUUGGAUCCUUCACUCCAACUUUAUGAAAAGUUAUACAGUUAUGAGCAGUGUGCCUUUAUGCUCAAUGAUCCCAAAUCGGCAUUUACUGGAACAUGGGAUUACACGUCUUGUUGGAAUAAUCAAUAUUUGUCACUCUGUCAAACAUAUAAAGACAGUCCUGGAAAACAAACUCAGAUUGUGCCUGAAGAUGUUGAAUAUCAAGGCCAGAAAUACAAAAUUAUCCAAAAGAAUAUGACUUGGUAUGAGGCCUUGACACAAUGUAGCCGGUAUGACAUGAAGCUAGUCAGCAUAACAGAUCAGUACCACGUUGCCUUCCUUGCUCUCAAAGUUGGUGUCUUAGGCCAUGGAAUGUGGAUUGGACUAUCCAGCAACCAGGAUGGAACUCACUACAAGUGGCAGGAUGGGAAGCCCAUGACUGUGAGUCGAUGGUCUAAGGAUGAAGAAGAGAAUGAAAAGUGUGUUUAUAUCGAUACUGAUGGUUUCUGGAAGACAAGGAACUGUGAUAGUCAGAUACCGGGAGCCUUUUGUUACAUUGUACCAGAGGUUUCGGCAGAAAAGCCAGCAGAGAACCACACAGUGUCUUGUCCUCACAGAAUUAAGGACACACCAUGGAUACCUUUCCGAAACAGCUGCUAUUCUUUUAUUUCAACCAAUAAGAGGUGGCCCUCGAAUGAAACACAAUCUCCUCUUGUCUGCAGGAAUCUCCAUCCAGAUGCCUGUGUCCUAAAUAUUAGAGAUGAAGAUGAAAAUAAUUUUGUAAUAAAUCAGCUUCAGCCUUACAAAGAUCUGGUUUCUUGGGUGUGGUUGGGAAUGUAUUAUGAUGUAAAUGAAAAGCGCCUUCUCUGGUUUGAUCAGACCUUUGUGAAAUAUUCUAACUGGAUAGAUGGAAGGCCAGAUGUUUCCAAUAAGACAUUCUAUGCAGCAAUGAGCUUGGAGCAGGGCUUGUGGUCUGCUGUCACUUUGUCCAGUAAUGAUGAAGUCAUGGAAUUUAAACAUAGCACUAUUGUGGCUUGUAAAAUUGAAUUGGGCUCUAAAGAGCAAUACAGCCAGACAUUGCCAACAGACAUACUGCAUGAAGACCUCACAUAUCAUAUUAUUCAAAAGAAACUCACCUGGGAUCAAGCGGCAGAGGAAUGCAAAAGAGAUGGAAGUCAGUUGGCCAGUGUACAUAGUCAGGACCAGCAAACAUUUUUAGAAAAAAUCGUCAAACAGGAUGGCUUCUCCCUCUGGAUUGGAUUAUCAAGCUAUGGAGCAAAUCAUACAGACUUCAAAUGGGCUGAUAAUUCUACAUAUGAUUAUGAGCACGUGCAAUUUGCUCAGAUAAAUCACGCCAAAAAUUGUGUUUUGUUGGACACCAAGGGAUUUUGGCACUCCAAGACAUGCACAGAUCAACAGGAAGGUGCCAUUUGCUACAAAGUGCUACAAAGUGCUGCAUCAGUAAAAGUGGCCAUUGGAGUAACAGCUUUUAUUAUGAUCUUCUUCCUCCUCUUGGGACUGUUUCUGUUUCACCACAAAGAACAAAUAUUUCGCUUCUCCCCUACAGUUCACUAUCAGCAGCACAUGGAGGAUGACAGGGAACCAUGCCUGUAGAUUCUGGUUUUACAUUGGAUUUUGUCUAUUUGUUUUAUUUUAAUUUUGUCUUUGUAUAUGUGUAACAUUGAUCUGCUCAAAUAAAGUAUAAUUACCUAGAACAAAUGCUAUGGUGUGUGUGAUGGUGAGGUGAGGUGACUAGACACGUCAUGGUUUAUUUAAAGAGCUCCAGGAGGAUGCCUGUUUGUGUUUUUAAAGAUGCUUGGAAAUAAAGAUGUUUUUUUAUCUUAACACUACCCGUGGUUAUUACGGCUCCUGUCUAUCUACCAUUAUUUUGGACGUUGUCAGUGUGCCAGGAGCGGAGUCCGGCUGACAGAGGGCCACCACGAGGGUAGACGCAGACCAGUCGCAUGUGAGUAACUUGAAUGCGUAUGGUGUGUGUGAUAACCCAAUAGUCAAUAGAGGUGACACUUAGCCUUUGAAAAGAUCAGGCACUGACUAAUGCAUGAAUGCAGCU